AAACCCGGUUUCCUCCUGUCUGUCCGGGGGUGGAUUUCCCCUCAAGAAGCCAAUGAACAAAAGCUCGUUUAUUUCUGUCCACGAUGAGGAGGAAACGUGUCCCGCCGCUUCCCCACCUCUUCCUGCAACAUGCUGCCUCCCCGUUGCGCCAGUUGCUGAAGGCUGCGAGUGGUGAUGGAGGCUGGGGGCAGCAGAGCUGGAAGGCAGAAGUCGCCGUUUCGGACCACGCUCCCUGGCUCUGCUCCACACCUCCAAAAUAAGAGCUCUGCCUCGUCCUAGCUGUGAAGAGAAGAAAAGCAAGCUGCCUGAUCCUUUGUUCAGCAAACGAUCUCGAUGGGGAAGCUGAUCUCCAAAGGCUGGCGCAGAAGAGAAGCACGAGUGGUCAUGCUGGGGCUCGACCUCGCCGGCAAAUCCACCCUCCUCUACAGGCUGAAGAGCAGCCGGGCUAUGGAGACGUGCCCCACGGUGGGCUUCAACGUGGAGUCCCUGCGGACGCCCUGCGGCAUGCCCUUCACCCUCUGGGACGUCGGGGGACAAAGCAGCCUCCGGGCCAGCUGGCCCCACUACCUGGAGGACACCAACAUCCUCAUCUUCGUGCUGGACAGCACGGACAUGGCCCGGCUGCCCGAAGCUUUGGAGGCUCUAGAGGAAGCCCUGGGCCACCCCAGCCUGGCUGGCGUCCCCGUCCUCCUCCUGGCCAACAAGCAGGAGGUGCCCGGGGCGAUGGCUCCUGCCGAGCUGGGGCAGCGGCUGCAGCGGGGGCGGCUGAUGGGGCACCCGUGGGUGCUGCGGGGCUGCAGCGCCCUCACCGGACAGGGCUUGCAGGAGGCUCUGGGGGUCCUGGGUGAGCUGCUGAGGGGCGCGGGGCUGCGCUCCCCGUCCCCAGAACAGCCUGUCAUCGGGCCGGCAGAGAGGAGGCAAGCCCUCGGGUGAGCCUCAGGUGGAGCCAGCACAGAGCUGAAGCUCGGGUGGACCCUGCGUGGGGUUUGCCAGCAGGAUGCCAGGCUCUGGGCACCCCCUGAAAGAAGCAGACCUGCAGCUGGCACACAUCGCGCUGAGAAACACCCAGCUGCUCACCAGCGGGAGCAUUUUUGGAUCCGUCUCUCGUACGCUCACCACCAACCACCUCUUGCACCAGGCUCUACUCAUCGACUGCGUGGUGUCCAGUGCGUCAGCAGGGAUGCGUUUUUGGCAGAGAAGCCCACGAGGGAUUUUUAUCUUUCUCCCAGCCCCGAUGCAGCUAUCCUGAUGGAGCAGGACUUCCACCAGCCAACAGCUAAUCGGCUUCCGUGCGGCACCCGUGGGAAUAACCUUCAAACCGUGGAAGCGAGUCAGGAUUAGAUGGUGUGACGCUGUUUCAGGAUGUGUACUUACUAAUUCCUUGUCUUUCUUUCCCAUUCCUUAUUUUUAUUGAAUACCAUUUUCAGGAAAAUGGUACCUAACUUCCCUCGUAUUAUCUUUAAAUUUAUGGAAGUCAAAUCCAAGUUCUAGGUGCUUGGAAAUACGCCCGCAUGGCAAGCCAACCUCUGAAUAUCCUCAUGGUGGUCAAGGGGAAGCCCCCCCUCUCAGAUGUUUUGAAACUAGGUGAAACUUCUCUGCAGGAGGUGGCCCAGUGUGGGCAGGCUGACUGCCAAAGGGCUCUCCAUGCUCACCGUGUUCUGGGCAGCCAAAAUACCCAGCCCUGGCAGCUCACCGUGGGGCCAGGGUCCCAGCGAUGUCUCCAUUGGAUCCCACUGAGCCUACUGGAGAAAGGACCUAUGAAAUGUGUGCCUUGGGGGACCCCGCACCCAGAAUUCUCUUAAUCAAGGUUAAAGUUAAGAAGCUUAGUGGUAGACCCUACUCUACUACGAAAUGAAUGAAAGUGGUGGGGCAAGGAGAGCGAGAGAGGAUACCAUAUUUUUAGGCAGCAGCAGUCAGCUGCUUUCAGGAAGGAACUUAUUCAGCCCAGAAUCACCGAAGAAAAAUGCACAAAGAAGCCUUCUGCUGUUCAUGCCAGUGCGUUUCAUGGCUCUUAAGGGAUUAACCAUCCAGCUGCUUCUGGUGCUGUGAUUAGCCUCACUUCGUAGGAGGCAGCAGCUGGAACACAGGGCUUAUCUAAACUCGUGAAGGAGCAGAACACAACGAACCACUUAUAGGAAGGUCUUAAUAAAAGAUGUCCUUCCAAGUGAAAAAGUCACAAUUUGUAGCUGUGUUAAUAUAUAAAAUAUAAUAACUAUUAUAUGCGAUAAAAGAGUGUUCCAGUGUUGGUCUGGCCUGAGUGAUCAUGCUUAUGAGUACCCAUAAGUUGCACUGAACUGUAAAUGACCUCUAUAGCAAACCUGUGUGCAUGACAAGGAGAAUAAAUUCAUGUCUUUAAAUACUUUUGUAUUUGUGGCUAACAUAAGCAGACUGAUCUGCCUUUGGCUUGGAGGUGGCCACCGCUGACUUCUAACACGCGUUUCCCAAGCACGUGUUGUGUUCUUGACUGUCAGAACCAGAUCAAGAGGUUUUUGUAAGGCAAAAACAUGCACUUGUAUUGAGAUAGAGACGAACAAACCCAGGUUAUCCGUGCAACCCAAUCGUCAGUGAAUGGAGAGGAUGAAUCUUCCCAGGGGCCUGUCCAGCCACGUGGAGCAGCAGGCCUGGAGGUGCAACACAAAAAUUGAAUUGCUGUGCCAAAAGUUACUCCUCAUUCAGUUUGCUGGUGUUUUGGUCACACAUCUCACAUGAUACCAAACAGAGUAUUGAUCAUCAGGGUCUGGGAUCUGCAAUAUAUUAAACUCAGCACAGGUUGAAGAGUUGUCGUGCUGCUGCUUUACUCUUAGCUGGCUCUUGGUGUGUGCAUUUGACUCUCCAAAAUUGUCUGCUGGUGAAUAAAAAAAGGCACUGAAGCCUUCCUAUUCCCCC